AUGAUACGUGGAACUUGUGCUAAUUGUAAAACAACAAAAAUUCAAUUUACAAAAGCAGAAAAAACAGGAGAUUUAUUUUCAAAGUAUGAAUGGAUCGUUCCAUUGAAGACUAAAACUGGAGUUGAAGUUGCUCAUACCUUCAAUAAAAUCUUUAAAGAUAGAAAGUGUUCUAGAUUAUGGGUAGAUAAAGGCUUAGAAUUUUAUAACAAGCAUGUUAAAGCAUUGGAUGUUCAGUUAUAUUUAACUGAAAAUGAAGAGAAAAGUUGUGUAGUUGAACGGUGGAAUAAGACAAUGAAAGAGAAAAUGUUCAAGUACUUUUCUACCCAUUCUACUAGAAAAUGCAUUGAUGUUUUAGAUGAAAUGGUAAAUAAAUACAACAACACAAACCACUCCUCAAUUAAAUUGACACUCUCUGAAGCAAGUAAUAAAAAGAAUGAGAAUAUGGUUUGGCUGAAUCGAAAUAGAAAAAUUUAA